AUGUCAGCUGCGGAUAAUCAGCCGCUCGUUGCUGAUGAGACUAAGAGUAUCAGUGUCCCUCCAAAUGUCCGAUUCAUCAUUGAUGAUAUUGAAGAGGAGUGGCAAUACUCUUCAAAGUUUGACUACAUCCACAGUCGCAUGAUGAACUCUAGUGUCGCGGACUGGGAAAGCUACGCUACCAAGAUCUUUGAGAACCUGGAACCAGGUGGCUAUGCAGAGCUACAGGAGAUUGAUGUCUUUACCAAAUCCGACGAUGGCACCUUGACGCCGCAGCACAAUCUAUGGCAGUGGGCCCAGCUUAUCUACGAUGCAUCUGUCAAACUGGGAAGACCGUACUUCGACCCGAGCAACAUAAAGGACGUUCUCACCAAGGUUGGUUUUGAGGAUGUAACGGAAGCAAAGUUCAAGUGGCCAAGCAACCGAUGGCCCAAAGACAAGAAGCAUAAAGAAUUAGGCGUGUGGAACAAUGAGAAUGCGAAUUUCUUCCUUGAGGCUGUGGCGAUAGCUCCACUGACGCGGGCUUUGGGAUGGUCGAGAGAAGAGGUCACUGUUUUCAUCGCGCAAGCCAGAAAAGAAGUCAAUGACCCUCGGAUUCAUGCAUACUGGCCAAUGUGA